ACCCUCUCUCUCUCUUUUGCGGUUUCUUUCUCUAUCUCUCUUUCAGAGAAAAAACAAAAAAACAAAAAAAAUCCUCUUUUUUUUCGUUUCCCUCUCUGCUGUAGGGAGAGAAAAAUGCAGAAGCUGAGAAGCUACUGGUAGUGUGUUCGUGAAGUAAUUCCAAUUAGCCAAUAGUUGAAGAUACUUUAAAGCAUUAGCUUGUAGGGGAUUUGAUAAUUUAAGGUGACUGAGGUUUCUCAGAAAAAAAAAAAAGAAAAAGAUGAAAAUGGGAAACAAUGAAGAGGGGAAGUCCGCUAAGCGUGAUAAAUCAUCUUCACCUGCACCCCCGGAUCAGGCCAAUAUUCAUGUCUAUCCUGACUGGGCGGCCAUGCAGGCAUAUUAUGGCCCUAGAAUGGCUCUUCCACCAUAUUACAACUCAGCCAUGGCGUCUGGUCAUGCUCCUCAUCCUUAUAUGUGGGGUCCACCACAGCCUAUGAUGCCACCUUAUGGGACCCCUUAUGCAGCAGUCUACUCGCACGGAGGAGUUUAUGCACAUCCAGCGGUACCAAUAGGAUCACAACCUCCUGGUCAUGGUGUUCCGGCAUCACCUGCUGCUGUGACACCUCUGAAUGUAGAAACACCUACAAAGUCUACAGGAAAUGCAGACCGAGGUUUAAUAAAGAAGUUGAAAGGAUUUGAUGGGCUUGCAAUGUCAAUAGGCAAUGGUCAUAGUAAGGUGGAGAGUGCUGAGGGUGGGGAACGCAGGCUGUCCCAGAGCUCGGAGACUGAAGGCUCCACCAACGGAAGUGAUGGCAAUACAACUGCGGGAAAGAAAAGGAGCCGCGAGGGGACGCCAACUAUUGGUGGAGAGAUUAGAACUGAGACACGGGUCAAUUCUCUUCCUACUGGAGAGGCGAAGUCAGUGGGAUCUGUUAUUUCACCUAGCAUGAGCACAGCAUUGGAGCUCCGGAACUCCCCUGUGAGUGCUGCUAAGACUAACGUUCAACCUUCCAUUGAGAUUGCAAAGGACUGGAAUGGUAUCGACCAAGUUGUUCUUCGAAACCCACGAGGGGCCUCUGCCAGGGUAAGCCUGCAUGGAGGACAAGUAGUUUCAUGGAGGAACGAACAAGGGGAAGAGCUUCUAUUCACCAGUAGCAAGGCAAUCUUUAAGCCUCCAAAAGCAAUGAGGGGAGGGAUCCCUAUUUGUUUCCCUCAGUUUGGAAACUGCGGAUCACUAGAGCAGCAUGGUUUUGCUAAAAACAAGAUAUGGAUAAUUGAUGACAAUCCUCCUCCUUUGCACUCUAAUGAUUCCCAUGGAAAAUCCUUUGUUGACCUACUGCUCAAACCAUCUGAAGAAGACCUGAAGGCAUGGCCCUAUAGUUUUGAGUUUCGUCUUAGGGUGUCGCUUGCAACAACAGGAGACUUGGCACUAAUAUCAAGAGUUCGGAACAUCAAUGGAAAACCAUUUAGUUUCUCAUUUGCAUAUCACACGUAUUUAUCUGUUUCUGACAUAAGUGAAGUGAGGAUCGAAGGACUGGAGACACUCGACUACCUAGACAACCUUUACCAAAGAGAAAGAUUUACGGAACAAGGAGAUGCUCUAACUUUUGAAUCUGAGGUUGAUCGAGUUUACCUUAGUUCUCCAAAUGUAAUUGCAGUACUUGAUCAUGAAAAGAAACGGACAUUUGUCAUCCGAAAGGAAGGAUUACUUGAUGUUGUGGUGUGGAAUCCAUGGGAAAAGAAAUCAAAAGCAAUGGCGGAUUUUGGGGACGAGGAGUAUAAACAUAUGCUGUGUGUUGAUGGAGCAGCAAUUGAGAAAGCUAUCGCGUUGAAGCCGGGCGAGGAGUGGACAGGGCGUUUGGAGCUUUCAGUUGUGCCUUCGAGUUUCUGCAGUGAACACUUUGAUCUUCAGAGAAGAGGCUUUUGAAAUGGUACAGGACUAAAUGGCUCCUGGUGAUGCUUCAAGCUUUUGUUUUUCUUGAGCACAUGCAAUAGUUUUAAGUAUUGAACAAAAUGUAACCUUCUCUUCUCUUCCUUUAUUAUUAUUAUUAUUAUUAUUAUUUUUUUUAAA